CGUUUAACUACCGUGGGUGUCGCACGUGAAUUUCUCUGAACAUAAGCUUUUUUCGUGUUCGAGCUUUAGCUUCCCAUUUCAUAAUGAAGUGUUAUAUGACUUCCAACAAAGUAUUCUCUUUCUGUGCUGUUUAAAUAAGUGCUUGUGUUGGUGAUUUCAAUUAUCGUGGUGACGUCUUUUAUCAUUGGACAGUUAAUAACGGUUUUGUUGUGUAUCAAUUAGUCAACUAAGUUUGGUGUUUAUAUCUAUGUUUGUUUCUAUCAACGGGAUGUCAUUGACAUAUUAAAAUCUUUGUUGAACAGGUACGAGUCAUGUAAUAAGGGCUUUUCGAAGCAGCUUGGCGCGGCGUAGCGGGCGGGCCGCGCCAUGGGUAACAAGUGCUGCAGCCGCCGUCACGACCCCGACAGACCUCUGGUUUAUCCAGCGUACAAGAAGAACGAGGCAGGAUUCACAGCAUGUCCAUCGUUGGAAACGAGAUACACCGGCGAACCAAACAACCGCGCUGUCUCGCGGAGGCCGGCAGACAUCGUGCGCACGCGCAAUCCUGGAGCAUGUAUAUCGAACGGCGGGCGUCGCGUGGUGAAGGCGCUGUGCGCGUACACCGCGCGCGCCGAGUCCGACAUCUCGUUCCGGAAGGGCGAUCGCAUGGAGGUGCUGAGCGACGCCGAGCCGGACUGGUGGCGCGUGCUGCACCUCACCACGCGCCGCGAGGGGCUCGUGCCCGCCAACUUCGUGGCCGAGGAGAGUUCCGUGGAGUGUGAAGACUGGUUCUUUCCCCACGUAUCCCGGAAAGAAGCGGACAAACUACUCCUGGCUGAGAGCAAUCCCCGCGGCACAUUUCUAGUUCGUCCAGCGGAACACAACCCGCACGGGUUCAGCCUCAGUGUCAAAGACUGGGAGGAGGGCAGAGGCUACCAUGUGAAACAUUAUAAGAUAAAACCCCUGGACAAUGGAGGAUUUUAUAUAGCCACAAACCAGACAUUCCCGAGUUUACCAGCGCUGGUCAUGUCAUAUACAAGGAACGCAUUAGGCCUGUGCCACGUGCUGGCGCGGCCCUGCCCCAAGCCGGAGCCGCAGAUGUGGGACCUCGGACCAGAACUGCGCGACAAGUGGGAGAUACCGCGUGCGCAGAUACAGCUCAUCAAGAAGCUGGGCCAGGGGAACUUCGGCGAGGUGUACUACGGCAAGUGGUGCAACAGCAUCGAGGUUGCCGUAAAAACUCUUCGAGAAGGAACAAUGUCCAAGCAAGCAUUUCUACAAGAAGCUGCCAUUAUGAAAAAAUUCCGUCACAAAAGAUUAGUAGCGCUAUACGCGGUGUGCUCCCAACAAGAGCCCGUUUACAUUGUCCAAGAAUAUAUGUGCAAAGGCUCGUUACUCGAGUUUCUUAGAAACGGAGAAGGAAAGUCCCUCCAUUUCGAAGACUUAGUCUACAUCGCCGCUCAAGUUGCCUCCGGAAUGGAAUAUUUAGAAUCAAAACUGCUAAUACACAGGGAUUUAGCGGCCAGAAACGUCUUAAUAGGUGAAAAUAAUGUUGCCAAAAUAUGUGACUUCGGUUUAGCUAGAGUUAUAGAAGAUAAUGAAUAUUGCCCCAAACAAGGAUCUCGCUUCCCAGUCAAGUGGACGGCCCCUGAAGCUAUCAUAUACGGACGGUUCUCUAUCAAAAGCGACGUUUGGUCGUAUGGUAUACUGCUAAUGGAGCUAUUCACAUAUGGCCAAAUACCCUACCCAGGUCUUCACGGAAAAGAAGUUAUAGAGCAGGUCGAGAGGGGUUACAGAAUGCCAAAACCGGUCGGCCAUUACUUACCCGAUGACAUAUACAGGUUGAUGCUGCAAUGUUGGGACGCGAUACCAGAAAAACGACCGACGUUCGAAUUUCUGAACCAUUACUUCGAAUCCUUCACAGUGACCAGUGAGAUACCGUACAGAGAAGUUCAAGAUUAGUGCUGUGAUAAACUUGGAUAGUGAACCUCCUUAGUGCGUUGGGAAUAGUGAUGUGCUUUCGUGUUAUACAAGACAUUGUAGGAACGGACUGUGUGAGAUUGUGUAGGGUCCUUAGCGAAUAAAUGGAAUUAUAACGCAUUUGUAAUUUUAUACGAACGUUUAACACAUGCUUAUAAUUCCCAUUUUUAGUAUUUUUAUACUUGAGCGUGAACAAUACAGGAACGUGUGAGCUUCAUUAUUGGUCGGCUUUUUUAUUCGUAAUUGGCUAACACACGCACGGAUCAUGUCCAUGAGAGUAAUUCUAAAUAAUUAUAGUUGUGCAAACUAUUUUCUUAUUUAUCAAUUGUAGCUUAAGCACGUAGGGUUAUUUUGCAUUGAUCAUAAGCAAUAAGACAAACGAACUUUCUAGAUAUUUUCAUAUUCUAAAGUUGUGUGAUAUUUUUUAUCACAUAUUGUAAAUGAUCUGAUUUUACGCUUAGACGCGUUUACCUUCAUUUUAUUCGCAGAUGUUAUAUUGUUAUUUAUGUGGGACUGAAACUUGGAAGUGCAAGAUUAUCUUUACAUACUUAUUACUUGGUUUAAAAGAUGAAUUAUUUUACUUUUAUUAUUUGCAUCAUAAAUAUUUUAAUUCUAUUUCUUUUCCAUAGAUGAUAUUUUUACAUUUGCACAUAACAAAAUCCUGUAUUUAUAUUGCGUACAAACAUUACCUGUCCAAAAAUAGUAAAUCCUGUUAAUAUUGUUGAUUUGUGAACUGUAGAGUAUAAUUUGCGACAUUUUGUAACGUUUUCAUAGAUCAUUUGAUUGUACCAAUAAUGAAUGUUAUGGGCUCCUUUGCGAAUACCUUCAAAUAUAAGAAAACAAUGUCUAAAUGAAACUGGUCCAAAUAUUAAAUACUGAAUUUAAAUGUGCAAAGGGGCCAAUGUUUCAUGUGAACAUAGCUUUAGGACCAUAUACCAAAGAAUUAUUGUACAUUAAGUGCAAAUGGUUGAAGGAGGCGUAUUUAAUUUUUAGCAUAAUUAGACUUUGUGACCUGUGUAACUUUAAUUAUUUGACCAAUAACCUUCACAACAUGUAUAUGGCAAAAUUGUAUUAUAAAUUUAAUGAAAAAAAAAUUGUUAAAAUUC